AUGUCAACAGAAUCAUUGUCAACAACCUUUAAUCUUCCAAUUAUUGACCUUGGUGUAUACCUGAACGAUAAGAAUUCUGAACUGGCAAUUGAAGAAUGUCGUAAAACAGCAAAAGCGUUAAAGGAUUAUGGUGCCUUAUUGGUCAAAGAUCCUCAUGCAUAUCCAGAAGUUGGAUAUCAAAUUGGUGUAACACCUGAAUUGAAAGAAGGACCAAAAUGUCAUCGCGAUAUUAAUUGUCAAAAGAUAAUCGAACAGAUGCCAAAAGAAAGUCGACCUUUGAUUUCGAAAGGACCUGAUCCAAAAUGGAGAUUUUUUUGGAGAAUUGGUGAACUUCCCGAGAAAACCAAAUUCCCACAACUUAAUUCUGAGCCUGUUACGCCUGAAGCUUUUAAGGAUGUAUGGCCGACAAUUAUGAAUCAAUGGGGUGAACAAUUAUAUCAAGCUGUUGUAGAUGUUGCAGAAAUGACAUCUGUUGGAUUCGGAAUGCCUGCAGAUUGUUUGCCAGAUCUUACAAAAAAAGGACCACAUCUUCUAGCACCUACUGGAAGUGAUUUAAACAAAUAUGGAAAACUUGGGACCAUAUUAGCUGGAUUUCAUUAUGAUUUAGAUUUUAUAACUAUUCAUGGUAAAUCACGAUUUCCCGGGCUGAAUAUUUGGCCACGUAAUGGAUCGAAAAAAAUAAGUGUUCAUGUUCCAGAUGGUCACUUUUUAGUUCAAGCUGGCAAACAACUUGAAUGGUUGACUGGUGGCGAGGUCAAGGCUGGCUAUCAUGAAGUUGUCGUAACAGAAGACACAAUCAAGGUUAUUGAAAAUGCAAAGAAAAUUAGACCGAAUAGACCAUUAUGGAGAGUUUCUUCAACUUUCUUUUUACAUAUUGCCAGUGACAAUAUUUUAAAACCCAUUGAACCUUUUUUUAAACCAAAUACUUCUCUCUAUCCACCAAUACUAACAGGCAAUCAAGUAAAACAUGAAUUGGAUUUAACUGAAUUAAAGUUUAAAAAUUGA